UGUAUAUACUUUGGAGGAGACAGCCAUUUUUUUAACAUGGCAAGUUGUUCGGUGUCAAAUGCAACUUGUUUGUGAUUCUAUUUUAGGAUUGCUGGCUAAUACUAUUGUUUUAUUACACAAAAUUAUAUAGCUUUUUAGUUAUGAGGAGAGUAACACUUUUUGUCAAUGGUACCAAUGUUACAAAUGGCAAGGUAUUAAUGAUAACUAAUUCAUUAGAUGAAUUGUUAACAGCAGCCAGUUCAAAGUUCAACAUUACUGCCAAAAGAAUAUUUAAUGUUCAGGGUGGAGAGAUUGAUGAUAUUAAUCUAGUCCGGGAUGACGAUGUUUUAUAUGUUUCAUGUGGAGAAGAUUUUAUUCCUAAGGACAAACUUUGUAGUCAAAAUCAAUUAAAUACAUGUUCAGAAUGGAUUACGCUGAAUGUUGGCGGAAAGUACUUUACAACAACAAGAGACACUUUAACGAAAAAGGAACCUAUGAGUAUGUUAGCUAGAAUGUUUACAGACGCUACAGACACAGGACAGAGAAUCUUACCUAGCAGACAAGAUAAAAAUGGUGCAUUUUUAAUUGAUAGAAGUCCUACAUACUUUGAACCUUUGUUGAAUUAUUUGAGGCAUGGACAGAUUAUACUUGAUUCCAAUGUGAAUGCAGCAGGUGUCUUGGCAGAAGCACGUUUCUAUGGAAUAGAAGGUGCUAUUGAUAUCUUGACUGCAAUGGCAGAUGAAGAAGAACUUCAGAGGAGUGGUUUGGUAUCUUUUACUCGUAAAGAUGUACUUAAAGCGAUUAUGUCAACACCUACGACUUCAGAACUUAGAUUUCAAGGUGUCAAUUUCGUUGGUGCUGACUUAUCAAAGUUAGAUCUCAGGAAUAUAAACUUUAAGUAUGCAAUUAUGCGUGGCUGCAGUUUGGCAGGUUCAAAUUUAUCUGGUUGUUGCUUUGAACGUGCAGAUUUGUCUUAUGCAAAUUUACAAGGUGCACAAUUAAUUCGUGUAAGAAUGCUGUGCGCGAAUCUAGCCGCUGCCGAUCUUCAUUCGUGUAAUUUUGAAGAUCCCUUAGGUGUACCCGCGAAUAUGGAAGGUGUAAAUCUUAAAGGUGCCAAUCUUGAGGGCAGUAUUAUGGCUGCUGUAAAUCUUAGAGUGGCAACGUUAAAAAAUGCCAUCUUAAGAAAUUGUAUUCUUAGAUCAGCUGUGUUAGCUGGUGCUGAUUUAGAGUGCUGUGACUUAUCGGGAUCUGAUUUACACGACGCGAAUCUACGAGGCGCGAAUUUCAAGGAUGCUGCAUUCGAUUUGAUGUUAACGCCAUUACAUAUGUCUCAAACGAUACGAUAAAUGCAGUUUAAGUUCUGUGAUGUAAAUAUUUAUUUCAUUUUAGAAUGAUAGUGAUUUCAGUGAUAUCGCCUUCAUAGGUGUAGAUGGAUUUUAAUUUUUAUGCUUGUGUGUGUGCUCGGUUACAUUAAAUUAUUAUUGCAUUAUGUGGCCUACCACUGUGAUUGAUGGUCUAACGAAUUCAUGAUUUCUAUCUACGAUGCCUUUGACUGAAACUUUAUUCUUAAUGUGAAUUUAGGGUAUUAAGGUGAAUAAGAAUUAAUUAAUUGUUUAGUCACCGUAUUAUCUUUUGUAUAUACAUGGCCAUGUAUUUUGAAAAAAAGUACUUUGAUAGACUUCUUAAUAAUGUUUAACAUUUAAUAACAUUUUACGCAAUGCGACGUUAUUUAUACAAAGAUUGUAACAUAUAAUCAAUUUCCAUACAAGGUAAAUCAUCACAGAAAUUACGCUAAAAUAUUAUAAACUAGAAAAAAGUUUGAAUAUUUCUUUAUUUUUUAUUUCUUUGUUUGUACUUUAAAUUUUGUGAUUAGGAGAAUGUGAAUUUCGUGAUCGACGUAUGUAAAUUGAGCGAAUGUACGAUAAUCAUAUAAGUUAUUUGAUAUAGUAUUUUAUCUAAAUAAAAUACAAAAUAUUUAAUUUUA